CACAUUGAACAAGUGUGCAUCAAUGAAAGUGGAAAUAAGCCGUGAUAGGAAACGGAGUGAUGACUCUGAAGAUGAUGAACCCUGUGCAAUAAGUAACAGAUGGGCAUAUGAGAGGUGCAGUCAGCGGUGGUCUCGCAUCGAGAGCCUGACGGGUUUUGCAGSAGAGGAGGGUGCUGGUGCCUCCACCCCAGGCAGCCCAAGACUGAAAAUCAUCAACAAGGAGGACAGUGUCUUUCUGGAUCAUGGUGAGAAGCACGAUGUGUCCUCGAKUCACAGCACCAGCAGUGCUGACAGUGACAUUGUUAACUCCCAGAAACCUUUUGAAGAUGUGGGAACAAGCACGAGUUCCUCAAGGUGUUCCUCAGUUAAGGUACCUUCACUGGACUCUGCUUUUAGUUGUUCUCCUCCCUCCAGUGAAUUUUUAAAUAUCACCAGUGAGGAGAAGCUUUUGGAUAAGUCCCCAGCUAAAAAGAGGAAGAGCCUUCUGAAGAAAAUGGAGAAGCUGCACUUAAGGGGCAACUUAAGGAGUGGCCACUCAAAGGCCAAACCCAUAAUAAGUGAACCUGUUCUUCUGGAAGGACUUACAGAAGAAAAGAUGAAGAUGCUGAACUGUGUAAAUAUUUCUGACCUCUCAGGCAUCCGAACAAAGAGCAAUUCUUCCUUUUCUCCCCGGAGCUGCAAUAGCAGCAAUCAGUCUGCAAAUAGCAGCACAGGGAGCGCUCCAAAUCCUSUGAUAAAAGCAGGCAGCCCCUGUGAAGGAAGAGGGAUGUUUGCAGAGCACGUGGACUCUAGCAAGCUCUUGCUAGGGAAUGAUCUGUCACAGCAAAACCUAAAAAAUGACACGUCAUUGCAAAAGAAYCAGAUGUUUCAAAUCCCACAAGGCCAUAAACCUGGCACUUUCCCCAUUGUGCUUACAGAUAGCUGCCUGUCUCCAGCAGAGAGCUCUUCUGUCAACUGGAGGACUGGGAGUCUCCAUGGGUGCAGGAGGAGCCGGAGCAGRAGCAGUUCCAAGGAGCCCAGAGCCUCCAGGAGUCCCCUGUCGGGCAGAGAUAACCGGCUCAGUGUGUAUGACAACAUUCCCAACACGGACCUGCAGGAUCUGGAGGCUGCACAAGUUGGUGACGAUGAUGUUUUCUCAGAGCUGAACAGUGUCAUAGCAGAUGUCCAUGGUCUCAAGAAGCUGGUUGAUCAGUGGACAGAGAAGCUCUCAGAUGAUGUGGACUCUGACUUUGCCAGUGACUUGACCUUGUAUCCACCCUCCCCUAAAGAAAGCUCUCUUGAAGCAGARGGCUCUGAAGAUAAGGCAGCAGGGGAUGCUGAGGGAGAGAGCAGCUGUGGCCUGGGCAAGGAGAUUGGUUCUGCACACCUGACCUACAUCCCAGACUCUAACAGGCUUGGGAAGGACUGGUCUGUGGAAGAGAGCAUGAAUUUGGAAAGCCUCUCCCUCCAGACUGAUGGCCAGUCCGCCGCCCAGCUGGCCCGCACACAGAAACUGGCACUGCUGAAACUCACGGCUUUGAUGGACAGAUAYUCCCCUUCCAGUAAGCAGGGCUGGAACUGGACCGUACCAAAGUUCAUUAAAAAACCAAAAGCCUCAGAYUACAAGGACAAAAAUGUGUUUGGGGUUCCUUUACUCCUGAAYGUGCAGCGAACGAGCCACCCCCUGCCCAAUGGCAUCCUGCAAGCCCUGGACUAUCUGAGAAGCCACUUUCUUGACCAGGUUGGCCUGUUCCGAAAAUCCGGYGUUAAAUCCAGGAUUCUGUCUUUAAGAGAAAUGAAUGAAACCAGCCCAAACAAYGUCUGUUACGAAGGGCAGUCAGCAUUUGAUGUGGCAGAUAUGGUGAAGCAGUACUUCCGAGACCUUCCCGAGCCUAUAUUCACCAGCAGGCUCUGUGAAUCCUUCCUCCACAUCUACCAAUACAUGCCGAAGGACCAGCAAUUUCAGGCUGUCCAGGCUGCCAUUCUCCUUCUUCCAAAGGAAAACCGAGAAGCUCUGAAAAUCCUCCUGUUCUUCCUGCGAGAUGUGGUGGCUUUUGUUGAAGAAAACCAAAUGACCCCAACCAACAUUGCUGUCUGUCUUGCGCCUUCUUUGUUUCACCUCAACACCCUGAGGAGGGACAGCUCCUCUUCCUCAACCAGGUCCAGUCAGAGGAAGUGCAGCCUUGGCAAGCCAGACCAGCGGGAGCUGAGUGAGAACCUGGCAGCGACGCAGGGCUUGGCCCACAUGAUCAUGGAGUGCAACAGGCUCUUCCAGACUGACUUCCCGGCCUGACCGUGGCCUUUGCCCGUCAUUAUGGACUUGCCUGUGAACCCCAGCUGUGGCUGACCCUGGUUGCUGWCCCUGGACCUGAUCCCGAGCUCCCUUGCUGACUCACCUUUCUGGCUCCACUUCGGACCUCAUCGCCAUGGAUGUGUCUGAUGAUCUUUGCUCCUGGCUGACCCUGGCUGCCAUCUGUGGCCCAGCUCUGGUGCUGUGGGAAGGGACAAUCACCCUGGUAGCCCUAUUGUCCCCCUUGACACAUGGCCUGUUUCCCUCAGGGGUGCUSUCUGCACUCCAGCAGCCAGCUCAGGCCUCACGCUCUGCUCCUGCUCCUGAUGUGGGCAAGGCCGCUGUCCCAUGGCUCCCUUGCACUGACCCAUGGCUGCCCCAUGGCUUCUGAGUGACCCCCUCCCCAGGACAGCUGGGGUUCCCAGAGUCUGSUCCCUGUAUGGCAUCAGUCUCCAGSCCAGACAGGGCUCCUAAGUGACSCUCUCCACCCCCAGCCCAGCCACGGGCCUGUUUCCUGAGCAGUGCCCUGAACCCCUGUGCCCAGCUCUGCGGCCCUUGGGGUGCCCUGACACUGCUGCCUGCCCCAUACCCUGUGGUCAGUCCUGACAGCGUGGCAGCUGGCCCUGUUCCUGGCUGCACAGCCCCUGGAAUAGCCCCAUGGGGACUCUGAGCUGCCCCUUGGACACGUGGACAUUCCACACAGCCCUGCUGUGACCACUGCUGACCCCAGCCCUGAGCUGUGGGGUCCUGCUGGUGUGACCCCCACCCUGCCAGGGGAGGCAUUUGGUGCUGAGACUCAGGGAUGGCCUGGAGGUGCUGUCCCCCUUCUGCUGGAGGCCACAGCUCAGUGUGGCAGCCUCGGCCGUGCCUGUGCCUGGACACACCCCCAUGUCCAUGCUCUGGGCCCAGACUGGACUGGGCACUGUGGCCACCGCUGGACCAUGGCUGCYGCUGCUUCUGCCACGGAACUGGAGYGUGACCCCGCCAGCAGGACCCGCUCAUUGGUCACCACUGCCACCCCCAGGCUGCCAGCAUGGCCCAGGUGAAACUGCUGCCUGCUGCCCCACACCACCAGAGGUGACAUCGAAGGCCGGGUGACCUGC